CACUGCCUUUCCUCGGAUACUAUACGAUAUACUAUGCUACCUGUGUUGAAGGCGUCCGUACACGAUGUGCGGUACUUUGUGACACUUUUACGUGGCGUCAAUUUUGUUAACAGGGCUACGAUUACCGUCACCGAGAGAGGCUUUAUUGCAGUGGUAGAAGAAGCGCGUACUCUGUUGGGAACUGCAUAUAUCUUUUCUGACGUCUUUGAUGAAUACGAGUAUAAUUCCGAAUCACCAGGCAGCACCCAGGAUAGCGCCGAUGACGAAGACAAUGCGGCCUUCGAAGUACCACUAAACACCCUUAUUGAAUGUUUGAAUAUAUUCGGAACCGCGGGUGGAACUAACUACAACGCCUCUGGAGGGGGCCGACAUAAUAGGUGGAAAAAAGUCGGCGACAACGACGACGGUGAUGACGGUGACGAUGAUGAUGGGGGGCGGGGCAAGAUACAACAGUUCUUUGGCGGUAGUUCUGAGAAGAGAACAGGGAUGCGAAUGUCGUAUGCAGGUGCUGGAUAUCCUUUGACUCUGCUUCUUGCCGAAGACUCGACUGGUCCGACAACAACGUGUGAAAUAUCUACAUACGAUGCAGAACCUCACCUUGAACUUCCGUUUGAUCUGGAAAAGAUGGUUCUCAAAGUCAUUCUCAAGUCAGAAUGGUUACGCGAUGCCCUCUCAGAAUUGGAUCCUUCUUGCGAGAAACUAACCUUUAUCGGAAAUCCUCCCCCAACCGGAGACCCCUCCCAGCCUCGACAGAAGCAAAAGGCAAAUUCACGGGUCAGCUUGAAACCAAUGCUUCGUAUCAAGGCUACAGGAACGUUCGGCAGCACCGAGAUGGACUACCCGAAUGAUAGAGACGUCCUAGAAACCUUCGAUUGCGCUCAAUCCAUCAGCUUCAGUUAUCGGUUCGCUCAUAUAUCUCGAACGCUGAGAGCACUGCAGAGCUCUACAAAGACGUCCCUUCGGAUUGAUGAUGAGGGCUUGCUGAGUCUUCAGUUCCUUAUGCCGUCUCCGUCUCCCAAACAGGGAAAAAAGGAUGAAGGCCCGGCCGCUUUCAUAGAGUUCCGGUGCUUAGCAUUGGACGAUGACCAAUUAAAUGUGAAGCUGUAUGUAUGAUUGUACUAAAUUCUUGCGGAAUAUGCACAUCUAGGCGGAUGUCGUGCUACUAGAGCGCGCAAGAGGUGCUUCUCAUGAGAGGUUGAGAAUUCCGCGCGAGGCCGCCUUGACACAAGACAAGGCAGUCAAAACUAUGGGAACAUGGCGGUAGGGAAGCUACCCCCCCCGAAGUUCGCUUUGACUUAUUGUACCUGCCUUCCCUCGCGUCCGGGACUUUUCCCAAAAGUAAGAGAUUACAAAUU